GUAGUGGUGAUGGUGAUGGUAACAACUCGCUCUAUAUUCCUGGCUGGCCCUCAACAUCUUUCAACCAACAUCAACAGCACAUAUUUGGCCUUGACAGUGUUUUUUUUAUUAUUGUAACUGAUAAAAUCUGUAGAGUCUGUAGUACGACUUAAUAAUGAAAAUGUGUACACCGAGGAAAGGUCAUGUGUGUAUAUAUAGGUAAUAUAUUAUGUGUGUGUGUGUGUGUUUUAUACAUACUGUGUUUAUCACUAACAAGAAAUAACAAUACACGUAACCAUGUUUGCAAUAUGGUGCUUCGCUUACCUAAUUAGCUGAUCGAUAACAGAUGCUAACCUAACCUAACCUAGCAUAACCUAACCUAACCCAAACUAAACUAAAAACUAACAUAACCAAACAUGAGAGAUCUAUGAGUGCUAUGAAAACCCAUGAGGAUAUUAAGUGAGUUGUGAGUGAUGAGUAAUGAGGGACGAGAUGUGGUGGCCAGGGAUGGUGGUGAUACUGGUAGCUGGUCCCCUGUUCGCCCUCCCUCCUGUACACGCACACAUCCCAGUGAUGGAGGAUGAUGAUGUGAUAGAACCGACCCCAGUGGUGGUGAUGGUGGGGCCCUCAACACACCAGGUGAUGGGGUUGGUGAGUGUCCCGCUAGAAGGCAGCAGUGGUGGUGGCGGCAUCUGGCGGAGGGACACCCAGCAGGAGGGUAGUGGUGGUAUGGUCAGGUUCAAGAGAGAGUACAGCCUUGAGGACUUCCUUCUCUGGAUGCCUUCUGGAGAUGGACCGACGGAGGAAUGGCAGCACCGCCCUCGGGACACCUCGUGGAUAAAAGGCGACGUGAUCACCACUACCGUCUUCCUCACCACCACCGUGUACACUACCGUAGUUCAGCCCAGCCUCACCACCCUCUCCACCAGGUACUUGUCUGCCAAGUCUCCUCCAGAUGAUUUCACCUCCAGCGGCACCAACCCCAACCGGAACUCAGGAGGCAAGGAGCUGGGGGAUGGAUCAAGCCACGACUCCACCAGUACCACAUCUAACAACGACAACAACUGUAUUAACCAGACCAACUUGCUGGCACGACCCCAGAGUGACCACCCUCAGUCACGACCCCAGAGUGACUACCCUCAGUCAGGCAGUCCUACAAACCAACUCCCAGGCACCUCCUCCUCUUCCUCCACCUCGAGGGAGAAGAACAAGAGAGAGAAAAAUGAAAGUAAGGAGACUAACUACGUAACAGUGACCCGGACAAUCACCACACCUCCCCCUACGCUCACCACCACCCACCCCUCGGAGGCUGUCUACGAUGCUACAGACCUCGUCCGUCCCUCCAUUGAAUACCCUGGACCGUCUGCCACCAUCGUCAACCCAUACGCCACGCCUAUCAUCUCCUCGACACAUCUUCCAGGACUGACAGUCACUACAAAACUACCCCCAGCAGCAGGAGAGACAACCAUCAACACCCAGCCAUCACUAUCUUCCUCUACUGACACAUUCAUCCACAUUACACCUACUGCAACGCCUGGAGGAGGGACUAGAGGAGAGCACCCUGAAGGUGGAGUAGUACAGGGCACUCCUGAGUUACCGGACCCCACAAUACUUACUGCUGCCCCCGAGACUUUGAGUAAUGAAGAGUAUCCAACCCCUGAGACGGUGACACCAUUCUCUAGUCCUGGCGGUGUCACGCCCGACGUCGUUGUGCCAGUGGGAUCGCCAGGAACUACCACUGAAGAGGACGUCUCAGUUACCACAGUGGCAGAGGACCAUAACACCCACCACCAUCAGGAGGAGAGACGCCCCUUACCCAGUGUAGAUAUCACAGUUCCUAGUUUUCCUGAUACUGAGGCAACAAGAGGAGGCGUUGCUACAGAAAGCACCAAUAAUGACGUGCCUGACGAAACAGAGACUCGCCCUUGUGUAGAAGGUUCUCCUGAUGCUGUAGAUGAUCACACUCAGGAUUCACCUGACGAAGUCGUCCCUAUCACCACCCCUUCAGGUCUAUUUACUCCUUCCCCCACAGGACUGGACCACCCUCCUCCUCCUCCAGACACCUUCCGGCCAAUGUUUGAGAGGAACACUACCAUCUUUCAUGAGAUAGAGUUGUUUGAUUUGACAACGCCGCCAUCUGACCGCAAUGAAUCCAUCUUGUGGGGAACCGACACAAUGGAUGAUGGUAACACAGCGGAUGAUGGUAACACAGCGGAUGAUGGUAACACAGCGGAUGAUGGUAACACAGCGGAUGAUGGUAACACAGCGGAUGAUGGUAACACAGCGGAUGAUGGUAACACAAUGGAUGAUGGUAACACAGCGGAUGAUGGCAACGCUGCGGAUGAUGGUAACACAGCGGAUGAUGGUAACACAGCGGAUGAUGGCAACGCUGCGGAUGAUGGUAACACAGCGGAUGAUGGUAACACAGCGGAUGAUGGUAACACAGCGGAUGAUGGUAACACAGCGGAUGAUGGUAACACAGCGGAUGAUGGUAACACAGCGGAUGAUGGUAACACAGCGGAUGAUGGUAACACAAUGGAUGAUGGUAACACAGCGGAUGAUGGCAACGCUGCGGAUGAUGGUAACACAGCGGAUGAUGGUAACACAGCGGAUGAUGGUAACACAGCGGAUGAUGGUAACACAGCGGAUGAUGGUAACACAGCGGAUGAUGGUAACACAGCGGAUGAUGGUAACACAAUGGAUGAUGGUAACACAGCGGAUGAUGGCAACGCUGCGGAUGAUGGUAACACAGCGGAUGAUGGUAACACAGCGGAUGAUGGCAACGCUGCGGAUGAUGGUAACACAGCGGAUGAUGGUAACGUAACCUUGACAGUCCCUAUGUUUGUUUAUUCUGAAUCGGUGGACCAGGAAACUGGUCUGGUGUUUAACAUAACAGAAAGUGAAACUUUACCACCAGUCCAAGAUACCAGUGGUGGUGACGGAGGUUUAGUGAUCAGUGUUCACCCUCUGCCACCCACUACUGUCUCGGCUCAGGACUACACCACUAUGGCCCCUCCUGAUGAAGAGAUAGUCACACCUUCUGUCCCUGAGUUCAUGUCCACGACGGGGAGUGUUGAAGCAGUGGACCCCAUACCUACAGGUGAUGAGGUCAUACAAGAGGGCGAUAAUACCACAGUUUGGGAGGGCGUCUUCAUCUAUGAAACUUUUACUUCUGACUCACCAACUUCAGAAGUGUUCACCAGUGACUCUCCUCCACCACUAGAGUCAUCACAGGAAACUCCCACUGAGGUUCCUGAGACUAUUAGCUCGGUCAUAUACACAGACCAACAACUAGAUGUACACGAGUCCUCUACACCAUCAUGGGAAGGAACUACACCAUCACAACCUUCCUCCACAGAUGAAGAGUUGACAGUGUUGACCCACACAAGUGUUCCUAUAGCUUCCACGACAGCCACAGCCCCAGUCUCCAUCACUGUGUCCUUUACCAGCUCCAGGGAGCCCGGGAUGAUCUCCACGCCCAGCACCACAACGCUGCCUGUCAUCCACACCACAAUAAAGUCCGUCAGUCUGUCUACCACUACUGAGAAGAGUUCUUUAACUUCUCCUGCAGGAACCAUACCAGCAACUCCCCGGAUGACGGAACAUAUUACAGGACCUCAGUUCAGUUCACCCAGUCCCAGCAACAGAGCUACAGUUCCACUUGAUCAGAAGUACUGGGUCCGGACAGUGCUGGAGGGGCCACCUCCACAAGACAACUCCUCUCAGCUGUACUGGGCCAAGGUAGAGUCCGAUCUAAGUGGGGUCUAUAGACUGGCCUAUGAGCGCAAAUUUGCCAGACUGUACAAAGCGCAACAAAGAAAAGAUGUUGAUUUGCUUUAUAACACUAAGAUUGAUAUGGCUUUUGCCUCUACUGAGUCACCCAGCGUGACCACAAUGAGUGACCUGUUUGAGAAUUACACCAUAAUCAUCGCCAGGGGGAAGAGAGAUGUGACGGACUCACCUGCCAGUAAACACACACGACCCGUGAGGACACUUUUAGCAGACGUCAACGCUCACGCCGAGCCUCCUAAAAGGUUCAGGACUGCCCCGGGACUCCUGAGAAGGAGAAUAUUAGUCCCUAUCCACACUGUGGCAGUGAAAGAUGAAAAGCCAGUGAGAAAUAUAAACCAGAAAACACUACACGUGAUCACACCUUCUUACAACCCACACACUCGCACCGCAAGACGAAAACGUUGGCUUGAAGGUUAUGUUAAACAUAAACCAAAGUCACCUGAACGAAUGCAGUCACUUUAUACAUCACAGGCACGCAGGAGGCGUACUGCAGCCAAUCAGGUGAAGGUGCGCCUCCAAAACGUAACCUACGACAACACCACAGACCUAACGGAGCUGGUAUACACCGUGUUUGAUGGCGAGGAACCUAUACUGGCGACGGAAGCUGUCGUCUACAUGUCCGAAGUGAACGACAUGGAGAUGGCCAUAAUGAUGGACCAGGUGGUCAAGAUUAAAGCUGAAGAGUAUCUACGUGGUCCAUCGCCGCCACAGAGGCAGGGGACUCUGGUGUAUGGGAUCAUAGGGGGUGUGGUGGGGACGGUGAUGCUGCUCGUGUUCCUCAUCUGGCUCAGUGCCUUCCUCUACAAAAGACACAAGAACACUAGAGAAGAACUACGACCGGACUCUGAGGCAGCAUCACCGAGGAGUCAGCUGAGCACCAAUGCCUACACCGGUCACAUCAACAUGGGCUUCACCCCCAGGGACGAGAAGCUAGAAGCAGUGCCGCUACCUUCGACCUCCCGUGACCUGGAUGAUGACCCGUGUUCUUCCUCUCCUACUGGGUCACAUGACAGCCUCAUCAGCAGACCCAAACAAGGUCUUGUGUUGACAGGUCCAUCACUGGGACGCCACCACAGCCAGGAGGAGGAAGACGACAAGAAAUCAGGGGGUGACUUUUCUAAAGAUGAAGAUUAUAACAUCACAGAGGAGGUAACAGACGGUCGCCGGCUGGAGAAGCAAGGAAUGUCAGUAGAAGAACCCCUGUACAGCUCCCCCAACCCUGUCAACGUCCAGUACCAACCUUCUCACUCCAUCGACUCCAAGUACGACACUACACACUCAGAGUUGACCUCAAGUGACCUCCAAUAUGACCUCACUAACCAACUGAUAUCCAACAUGAAGCAGAGUGCCGAUAGGUUCACUCACAAGGACAAGGGCUCCAUCUUCUUGCCUCCACCGCUCCUCCCACCUCCCAAGGGCUUUGGCAAGGCUCAAUAUUCACCUUUCAUCCCAGGGACGUCCCUUCCUAGGUUCCUGCCACCACCAAGACUUCAUAAACAGGCACAUAUAAAGCUGGGUCAAGGUACUCCUUCUCUGAUCCAGGCUUAUGACUAUGACCCCGAGGCGCCUCCCAUCCCUCCCAGAAACUACACGCGGGAGGAAGCCGACUUGCCACCCCUAGGACAAGGCCACACAUCCCCACUACGUCCCCAAAUGAAGGAUGCCCAGGUGGAAGCCCAUGUGGAGAAUGAGGCUAAUGAAUCAUCUGGGAGCAUUGAGGAGAGAGUUCGGCGGACAUCUGAUUCGUCAACACAUCCGUCAGAGUCAGCUGGGUCAGAGGGGAGCAGUGCUCCUCACAUAGGUCGUCUCCGUCGCCGCUUCCAUGACCUCCUAGAUGAUGCCUUCUCCCUCUUGAAUGGCCAACGCCCUGGGGAUAAAGUCACCCCCCUCACAAGCCCAUCCCCAACCAGGACAGGUCGAUCAAGGUCGGCAGCAGUGCACCACAGGGGCCCAACUCAAGAGGCGGUGGAGGGGGAGGAUAGUGGUGAUGGUGCUGGACGUCCCUGGUCAGCUGCUGCAGUACACACUUCCACCACCACUGCUUGGAGGAACAACCAGGUGGUGGGUGUAGUACCACUGGAGGACAGUAACACAUCACCUAAAUCUGCAUGGGGAGAUGGUGCUGGUCGAUAUGGUGGAAGACCUGGUAGUGCUCGACCUGGUAGUGGAAGACCCGGUAGUGCUAGACCUGGUAGUGCUCGACCUAGCAGCGGAAGACCUGGCAGCGGUCGUCCAGGCAGUGGUCGAAGUGCACGAAGCAUCACCCCGGUCAACCAUCCACCUUCACCAGAUCGAACAGAUGGUGCAUAUGGAGGAUCAGAGGAACCUUUGGACCCAGACACAGGCCUGCGCUCUUCAGACCCUGCCGUCCCUCUCAUCAAGGCCAUCAAGGAGGAGCUGAGACGCUUCAAGUCCACCAUCAGUACCGAGUCCUCCAACAUCUGAUGAGGCUUUUAACAUUAACCCGUAAACAGUAGCCAUCAUCAGCAGAAGUUAGCUACAAGGACAGCCGCCAUCAUCAGUGAAUGUCCCAUUUCCUUACGUUCCUUUAAUAUGUACAGUAUAUGAAAACGAAGUAAGGAACUUUUAGCUGCUGGUUAAGGGUUAGGUAAUACAGCACCUCCCAAGGCAGUCAGCUGUGCUGGGCAAUUCACCAUUCCUACAUCGCACAAUGAUAUCUUUCUGGAAGGUACAUGAGACAAACAUUCACUCUUGGAAUAAAAAAUGUCGGGCAUUUCCAUUCUGUGGUAACGAUACAUUUAAAAAUGAAAUUCCAGAUUACUGUGGCUGGUGUUCCCCUUCACCUUGCAAUGACAUUAUGGAAGCUACGCCAUAUAAACAUUGUUCAUAUAGUAUGUGCCUAGCAGACUUAUCACAACACUGUGUUCACAAGAAGCCUCAGAGAAUUGUAAAUUUCUUACAAGUGGGCAGUACAAUCCUCCUCCAAGUGACUAACUCACUGUGUAUCCUCUAAGUAGUUGUUAUAUGUACAGUAGUGGUCUACUUCAGAAAUGUAGUACUACGGAAAGUCUUGUUAGGUGCAAGUAGUAAUCUCCGUAUUCUUUUUAAAUGCGAUGAUUUAAUUUAGAUACGCAGUACUUUCAUGGUUCUUCCAAAUCCCGCGUGGACGUCCUUUAGUGUAACAAGAUAAUGGCUGUUGUUGAAACUUGACUGCAUUUAUCUAAGCACUAGUGGGUUACCUUACCAUGUUUCAGUUGCUUUGAUUUUAAGUCGAGCUUUAUUCCGUAGAUUUGAACAUGUAAGAAAUGAGCUGAAAUGAGGAGUUUUUGGUACUGUACAUUCUUAGUCCAGUUAUAUGGACUUUGAAAUUGAAGAAGACUUUUUUCAAUAUAUGGCAAAUACCUGUGGAUGAACCUAAGAAAACAUGAACACUUUAACCCACAUAGAAUUACUGAGUAAACUUAUAAUAAGUUUGGGAACCUUGGCAAUGAUGUUGUUGUAGUUGGCAGAGAAGUGAGGAAUGUCCUCGGGUAUGAACUUCCAAGAGAAGGCAGUGUAUGGUUGGUUAAUGAUGGUGUGAUGAUAACCACAUCAACGUGUCAUCAAAACCUAAGUCAUUCACAUAUAUCUAAAGAAGAAGAGACAUACAGUAUCUGCAACACAAGUAUCUGUAGGUUGUGGUAGAGCCUGUAAAAUAAUAACGCAUUGGGAACAACACGACAGGGGGACCAAGUAAGGAUGUCUGUCUGUAUGCGAUGGUUAGUUCUCUCCGCAAACUCUCAGUUGUAUUGAAGUGAUGAGAGACCAAACAAGUUUUAUGUCUUCAACUCUGACAAAAACAAUCACAUGGUAGAGACUUGAGUAGACUUAAGAUGAUCUGAAAUAACUUAGAGAGAGAUGUAUGACUGAGGAAAUAUAUAAGUCUGGUUUUAGUGUACAGUUUUGUGGUGACAAUAAUGUAUGUUACUAUGAUGAUUAUACUGUACUGUUAUACCUCUGUGACAGUUUCAUAUCAGGUUGUGUAGGUCAUAGUAAACGUAUCAUUGCCUUUUUAUUACUAUUCAUAGGUUACUCCUAUAUAGACCAUUUUUCUAGAUAUUUAUUGGAAUGCUGAUGUUAUCUCUUCAUAAAACUCCAGCUCGUAUUUUGUGUGUCAAGUUAAUUCGAUUUAAUUGUUUAACAUCUGUCACAAGCUGAUUUUUCAAGACUAUUUUUAAGAUACCCAUUUGUAUAAUAUAUGAGUGUUGAUGAUAGGCUUAACCUCCCCGGGCAAGCUCUACCGAUCAUUAGUUUUACCAUUAUUGAUUUUCCUUUGUGAGUUUUUAAUGUUUGACAAAUGUUGGUGUAAUAUUUCUUUUUGAAUUAAACCUUUAUGACCAUUAUUCUGUUAGCUUUGGUGGUCACCUCUACACUAUGUAUAAGAACAUUGCCAGUGGAAUAUAUUAAUAUACUGUACAGGGUGUCCAUAAAUUAUGUGACUCAUUAUAAAACUUAAUAACCUCAACAAAAUAAUACUGUACUGUAGAUAGUGCACAGGUGGAGAUCUACUGAGACAAGGAUGAUUCUAGUACUGUACUGUAUUGUAUAAUAAAACCAGUGACUUGGAACAAUCUGCCCGACAGUGUUGUGACAGCACCAAGUGUGAGCUCAUACAAGACCAGACUUGAUCAAUGCUGGAGCAGGUUCAGGUACAUUCAGGAGCCAGUGCAUGCCCAGCACUUGCCAACAGUGUGUAACAGAGACGUGACCAACCACCCAAGUGGCUAACGAGUUGAUCAGUGGUGAAGAGGAUAAAAGUAAAAGUGUUCUGUCUAUAAUGUUUUUAAGGUUAUUAAAUUUUAUAAUGAGUCGGAUAAUUUAUUUGAUUGUUUUUCAAGUGACAUUUUUCAAAAGUAAGAAUAAACUUUGCACCUUGAGCUCUGCCUCUUCUUUUAUAUUUCAUCAGUUCCAUUACUUGAUCAAUUACUGUUACAACAAUUCAUUUAAUAGCUUUUUAUAUUUUUUGUUUUUCAUAUGCCAGGUUAUUGUGCCAAAUACUGUACUGUCUACCUUCACUAUUAUCCUCUGUUUCCAAGUAGAGUGGACUUUUCCCUUACAUAUACUGAGGCAGUGUUUGUGAAGGUCAUCAAUGGCUGUCAGUCAUGUGCAGCUUCUCUUAUACCACUGAUUAAUUAUUACUAUUAUUAUUUAAGUUAUUAUUAUUAUUACAGGGUAUUAUUAUUAUUAUUAAUACUAUUACUGUAUUACUAUUAUUAUUAUUAUUAUUAUAACUACUAAUUUUAUUGAUAUUGACUAUAAUUUCAAUAAUAAUACAUAUUUUAUACUGUAUUAAUAAUGUUUGGCAGGCAGCAUCUGUCAUGUUAAUAUCAAGAAACAUUUUACUGUAUGAGGACAAAAUACUUCCGUACUGUGCUAUCAUGUGUGGGAUAUCAACGAGCAGUUCCAGAAAUGACUUCACCAGCCUUACCCCUUUAUGGGAACUGUUAUCCCAAUGUCCAAUUUUAAUGUAGUUUGGGUUUAAAGGUUAUAUUAUACAGAGUGUCCAUGAUUUAUCUGUAAAACUUAAUAACCUCAAAGCAUUAUAGAUAGGACAGGAUGCACAAGAGGAAGUUUACCGAGAUAAGAAAAAACUGAUGAGGUUUUUGCCAAGUAAUAAUAUAACUGGUGUGUUCUUUCUUAUAGAUUUUUUAAGCUCUUAAGUUUUAACAUCAGUCAGAUAAUUUAUGGACACCUUUUUUAACAUUCUUGAACUUUCAUAAUUUGACAGCAAAUUUGGCUUUAACUGAAUUUUUUUUUAAUCUGUCCAGCCCAUUCCCUGUGAGUCAGCCUGCCAGACACUUGGUCAGAGUCAUAAUUUUCUAUGGACCAAAGUUUUAUGUCUUGAGAGUACAAUACUGUUCUGUAGUGGACUCACUGUUAGGCAGAAAAUCUCUCAACAGACAAUAUUUUGGAUGCAAUUAGUGUACAAAUAUGUGUAACUCGAGUUAGGCAGAUAAACUUUUAUCAAAACGUUAUAUAUAGCUUAAUGAAAUACUGUAGAAUUUUGUAGGAAAACUUUAAUUUGGGUGUACAGCAAACAUAGCAUUUUUAUGAUAUUCUCUUCACUCUUACAAGCCUGGGUGGCACUUUGGUGUCUGGGAUCAAGAGUUAUGCACAGUUUCCCUUCAUUCACUGCCAUGCUUUCUCUCUCUCUCUGACUUGUGUUCCCCUUCCUCAAUAAACUUUCAAGAUAUUCAUUCAUCCAUUAAUAUACCAAGAGGAAAAUUAUAUAGAAAUUUUGGAUCAAAUGAAGAGCAGGAGAAAUAUGGGGACAAAAGGAGGGAGUGUUGCAAAACAAGUGUAAAAAAUUGCAGGAAAUGGUUAUACUGUACAAUAAGUAGGGACACUAAACACACCCAGUACAGAAUGAAUCCUAAACCUGUACAGUAUUUCUAAGGAUAAAAUGGCACUCUGUAAUGUGUAGCUCACUCCAGCCUUUCCUGCCUAACAGUUGAUAUAAAACACUGUAGAAUACCAGCACCAAAUAAAUAUGUAUUUGAAUGCUGAACAACUUAUUUUAAUUUAUUUAUUUUUCUCCAUAGAAAUUAUUACCAUUGAGUUUCUUUGUCUUUCUGUCUGUCUGUCUCGUGCUCUGGUGGAGACUUGCUGGUAAGACUUGAUGUUAACAUCAAUAUCAUUAUUCACCUUCUGUUGUUAAUGUUUCUUCAAGCUCUCUACUCUUCCUGAGCUGUUAGAUUGUUCCAACUUGAUCAUCUGAACUCUCUUUAAUAUAAAACCUAAUGUUUGUAGCCAGUCUUAAUAAUGAGCUUUAUAAAAACAUACAAAUGAAGACAGGACUGAACACAUUAGCUCUUCUGUGAUGUUCAUUCCUAAAAUGUAUUUGGUGUUCUGACCAUCCAAAACCAAUAUCAACAGAUGCUUAACAAACCACUGGAUUCAAAGCUUCAUCUACUGUUUUUUGUUUAAUAUUAUUUUGGGGUUAGUCUCUUCAAGUCUAAGCAUUUGAAUCUUAUUAUUUCAUAGGGAAAGGGUCCAUGUAUUGUUCUUGGUCAAUAGUGCAGUAUCCUAUAAUUUAUUUGAGCCAUAGUUAACAUGUAUUCCUGUCUUGCUGAUAAUUAUCAUAUUCCAAGGAAUAGUAAUCCCUACUAUCUCCCUGUUAACGUGUGUAGCACUGGUAGGUGAACAGUAUAAAUCUUUUCCGUCCACAGUUUAACACCGGACACACUAACCCUAUGUACUGUACUGUACUCAAUGACCAGUUCGACGGUCAGUCUUGCUUUCUUUACCUGCAUUAAUCUGUAUCACCUGACAAUCACACUGUUGGGCAUGUGGUCUUGGGACAACUGACAAUUGUAUUUAAAAAGUGAUAAGAGAGGUUGGUCAAGGUGUCUGAAGGACAUCUUAAUGUAAUUUAUAUUAUCUUGGAUAAAUAAAAUGUUUAGAUUA